AUGGCGCGCGCGGUCUGCUUCCCCCGCGGCGGUCUUCGCGACCGCCGCGACGCGGUCGCGUCGACGUCCGCGCGCGGCGCGAGGGCGGUCGCGCGCGCGUCGUCGUCGUCGCCGCGACGCGCGAUCGCGACGACGACGACGAGCGUUUCGAAUAACGACGACGCGGGCGGGCCCGCGGGGCCCUCGUCUCCGCUCGAACGCGCGCCGACGCGGCGACGGCCGCUCGCGCCCGGGUACGCGCUCGCGCUGGAGUGCUGGCGCGCGGGGUACGUGGACGACGCCGCGGUCGCGUUCGAGAACCACCUCGCGCUCGACCCGCGAGACGUCAGCGCGUGGAUAUCCUACGCGCAGAUGCUCAAGCGCCCGCGCGGCGACGAGCGCGUCGUCCCGAGCUCGGUGGACGACGACGUCGCGUGCAGCCGCGAAUCCGUCAACCGCGCGCGGCGCGUCUUACACCGCGCGCUUCUCGAGCUUCGGCGGCGCCAGAGCGAUUGCGACGACGCGGACCCGGAGGCGAUGGGUAAGGUGCUCCAGGCGUUGGGUUUGCUCGAGCUCACGCACGGGAACGAGAUGUACGGCGGCGCGCUUCUGGAGCAGUGCGUGCGCGUGAGUCGGAGGGCGCUCGAGCCGGUGUUGAGGUGGCGGCGGGUGCGCGCGGCUCGCGCGAACGUGGUGGCGCGCGCGGGCGUCGGUCGGCUGAACAAGACGCGCGAGAGCGUCCGCGCGUACACGAGCUUGUGA